CGUCUUUAGGUUAUGAAUUUUUUAUUGGCAUGCUUCGGGGGUAAAUAAUCCCCACACACUCGUGAGGAGCCUAUUUUCCAACUUACAUUACAAAAUAUAAAUUAUAACACAAUGGCAUCACGUUUAAUUUGUAAAGCCCAACUUUUGAAGGGAUCACCUGUCCGUCAAGUUGCUCGUUCUUACGCUACUGAAUCAAAUCAAGCUACUCACCAUUUUGCCGAAGAAUCUUUCGGUAACAAUUUCUGGAGAAACUCUGUCAUUGCUGUUGUUGCCACCGCUGCAUGGUUCAGAGUUGAUCAACACCUUGUUGGCGCUUCCGACGAAAAGCAUCCCAUCACCAAGUGGUUCGAAUACCACAUGACUACCAGUGAACAAAACGAUCAAAUUAACCAUGCCAACUUGGCCGGUGCCACUGCUGCCGCUGAAUACAAAUUAUUUGCUCAAGAUGCUCAACGUGCUCCCAUUCACCGUAUGAGAAACCCUGAAUCUUUCGAAAACGCUAGUCCUCGUGGACUUGUUACUGGUAACCAAGUUGAUUUAACUGACCUCAAGAUUAGAUCUGACUAGAUUCAACGCACACACACACACACACACGUACACAAAAAAUGCUAUAAAAGUUACAUGAAAUAAAAAUAAAUUGUCCAAAAAAAAAACGAAUUAGACAUAUGCGCAUUGACGAGUAUUUGCUAUCCCAGUCACCACACACGCACACAGAGAGGAAACACGCUUGGGGGAAAAGAAAAAGUGUCGCCAUGACACCAAUGCCACUUUUUAUUUAUGAACAGUCCGGUCCGGACAAUCUCCAAUCAUGUCGUCAUUCAGUUGAGUUUUU